AUGGGUCAUGCAAAAACAAAUAUGAAACGCAUUCAAAAUGAGAAAGCUCGAAAAACAACUUUCGUUCACAGAAAGAAAGGAUUAUCAAAGAAAGUUUUAGAAUUUUCAAGCAUAUUUGGAGCUGAACAUCAAAAGAUUAAGACUACUAUUGAGGAAUUUGGCGUCAAAGACUACUAUGCUAAUAAAAAGAAUUUAGUUGAAGCUCAGAUUUCCAGAGUGCGUAAGGAGAUCCUCAAGAAAAAGUAUCCAACUUCGAGCCCAAUUUUUCAUAACAGUGAAGAGAAGCAACUCAAAGCUUUUAGUGCUUUUAUAGAUUCCAAGAUUGAAACAAACCAACUUAGUAAACUUGUUGACUGGGAUGAUAUGAAGGUUGAAUCUGAGGAAUUUACUAGCUUCAUACAAAACACUAUGCAAAACAUUACUUAUGACAAUGUUCUAUCCUCACAUUUAGGCCAACUUGAUGUGAAUCAUAACAUUUCUCAAAUGCAAAAUAUCACUGGUUGUAUGCUGCCACUUUAUGAUGACAUUUGUGAUUUCGUGGAUUGUACUGAUCUUAUUGAUUGA